GCUUCACCUCGGUGGCGAGCGGCGCUGAGCGGCUGCUGAGGAGUCUGGCCGUGACCGAGCCUGCCGGGGAGCCCGAGCAGAGCCCCUGGAUACACCGGGGGGCCUGGGCGGCUGCCUUCUGAGGGCUUUGAACCCGGAGGAGAGACUUACCGGCCUCCGCAGUUAGAACCGGGAGUAUUUCUGUCGCUCCCAGGGAACAGAAGCCUCUUACAAGUAACGUGUGCCAGAAAUAAACUUCUGUCAGAUAUACACACCAGGACAAGACUCUCAUCAGGCAGAAGAAGUAAGCAUGUAUCAGUCAUACCCAGCAGGAGGUCAGGAACCAAGAGAUGCCUAUCAGGGAUACGAAGGACGUGAUCACUACCAAGACUAUGAACGGGAGCAUGGACCUUAUUUACCACAUGAACCAGGCUAUGGACUAGAUCAGACAGAUGAUCAAACACCAGAUCCUGAACACCGAAUGCUGGCAUUUCAGAAUGCAAAAGCCUAUAUGCUGCAGAGCAGUGUAACAUCUGGCCUGAACUUAUACGAUCAUCUUGUUAAUGUGCUAAUAAAAAUCCUGGAUGAACGGCCCACAAAUCCAGUAGAUAUAUUUGAGAACAUUAGCAAGGAUGUGAAGGCAGAUCAGUUUCAGAAAAAAAUGGAUACUCUUCGAGAUGAACCUGAGAUUCUUCCAUCGUUUGAACCUGCAGAACUGCGCAAAAACCUGUUCCUCAAAUCAGAUGCAGGAGAUGAAGAACAAGAAGAAGAGACAGGAGAGAAUCCUCUACCUAACAUGAUGGAAACCGCCUUCUAUUUUGAACAGGGUGGAAUUGGCUUGAGCAGAGACGAAACAUAUCUCAUAUUUCUUGCCCUUAAAAAACUCGUUACUGUUCAGCCAAUCCAGACCUGUCGCUUCUGGGGCAGAAUUCUGGGACGGGAGAAGAAUUAUAUUAUAGCUGAAGUUCAGUACCGUGAGGGGGAAGAGGAAGAGGAGGAAAAAGAAGAGGAAGAUGUUAUUGAUGAAGGAGAUAAAGAAACGGAUGAGGUUGAAGAUGAAGAUGAGGAAAAAGAAAAAAAUGAACCACCAAAGUCCACCUAUAAGCCCCCACCUGUCAUUCCAAAAGAAGAAAAUGGAACUGGGACUAAUAAAUACAUUUACUUUGUUUGUAAUGAGCCAGGUGAUCCCUGGGUGAAGUUGCCUCCAGUGACACCAGCACAGAUUGUCUGUGCCAGGAAAAUCAAGAAGUUUUUCACUGGAAGGCUCGAUGCUCCUAUUGUAAGCUUCCCUCCAUUCCCUGGAAAUGAAGCCAAUUACCUGCGUGCACAGAUAGCUCGAAUCUCAGCAGGAACCCACGUCAGUCCCCUUGGAUAUUACCGGUUUGCAGAGGAAGAAGGAGAUGAAGAUGAGGAAGGGGGAGGAGGAGACUUUGAAGAAAACCCUGAUUUUGAACCUCUUCCUGCACUUGAAAUGGUGGAGUCUCUGUCUACAUGGGUACACCAUGUACCGAGUAUUUUGAAACAGGGUCGCUGUGUUUGGUUUAACCCUUUACAAAAAUCAGAGGAAGAAGAAGAAGCUGAAGAGGAGGAGGAGGAGGAGAAGGAGGAGCCAGAAGAGCUACAGCAAGAAAUAGGACCUCCUCUUCUUACUCCAGUCUCUGAAGAUGAAGGAAUUCAAAACGUCCCUGCUUGGACAGCUUCAGUUUCUGCAAAGCUGACCCCUCAAUAUGCUAUUGCAAUCCUUCGGUCGAACCGAUGGCCUGGAGCAUAUGCUUUUGCAUGUGGCACGAAAUUCGGCAAUAUCUACUUUGGCUGGGGGCACAAAUACAGCCUGGGAAACCUCACACCUGCACUGCCUCCGCCUGUGCAGCCCGAGUACCCUGAUGGGCCAGAGAUCAAGGAGGCCACAGACCCCACAGUGGAAGAGGAGCAGGCUUUCAAGGCUGCGCAGGAAGAAAAAGAUCGAGAAGGCAUGGAAGAAGAGGAGGAAGAGGAGGAGGAAGCUGAGGAGGAGGAAGGGGAUGAUGAUUAAAAUACAGAGAAAAGAAAAAUGUUUUAAAAGUUUAAACAUUAGUUUAUUCAUUUAAUAAAGCAACUGUAAGGCACUUGCUGUUGAACGUGAA